AUGAAAGACCAAGAAGCUAAGAACUCACCAGAAGUUAACAAAUUGCUGCAGGAGAAGAAAAGGAACCUUGUGAAAGAUUUGAACGCCUUCGUCACUCUCAAAAAAACCUACCAGAGCGCUAUCCAGGAAGGCCAGAAGGUGAAGCUGAGCGAGGAUGGAAGAACGGCUGAAGUUGUGGGAGCUCCCAGGCUAGCAUCUGCGAUGACAAAUGCUCAGCUGAUGGAGGAGGGCAAUCGUGUGAUGGGACAAGCGGACCAAUCUGUUCUAAGAUCCAAGCAGGUAGUUGAGAACACUAUCAACAUUGGAGCAGCAACGGCCACGACUUUGAAGGGACAGACCGAACAAAUGGAACGGAUUGUUGAUAAGCUUGACAAUUUAGAAUUCUCCCUUAAGCGGGCAGCCAAGCUUGUGAAGGCAUUGGGCCGACAGAUGGCAACAGAUAAAUGCAUCUUGGCAAUGCUGGCGCUUGUUAUUCUUGGAGUGAUUGCCAUCAUAAUCGUCAAG